GACAAUAUUAAAUUAAGAACAGAUGUUGACUGUAUUGAUAACUAAUAUUGGGAAUGUGUAUUAAUAUUUAUGGAUAAAAAAGCCACUAUUUAUGUAUUUACAGAAAGAUAGAGGAAAAAAUAUCAUCCUAAAUUGACUUCAUUUACAUACGACGUGUCACACAGAAAAGGGGGUAUAGAUUUUAAUGUUAUGUGAUUAAGACAAUAGGAAUUGUUUGUUUCAUAUGUGAGCUUAUAUAGCACUGUGACUGACUGAGAAAAAAAUUGAAGAAAGGAAAUAAUCAAAGGAAAAAACAAAAAAGUCAAAAGUUACAUUGUCUCUGAUUAAACGGGCAUAUGAAAUAACUUUCUGACGAAUAAAUAUUAACACUAAACAGGAUUGCAAAGGAAAACAAUUCUUGCGCUGGAUUAAGUACUUUUAUUGGUAAUAUCCUAUUUAAAUACAGCUGUUGAUUAAGGCAAAGUUGGUUUUACAGAGAAAGCACGUCUGUUUGAUUGAUAUAAAGAAUACAUAUUAAGGAAUAUUAGCAAAAUAUGGAUGAUCGUAAAAUUGCUCUGGUAACGGGUGUUACUGGCCAGGAUGGUUCGUAUUUAGCCGAGCUUCUGAUCAAGAAGGGAUAUGAGGUACAUGGUAUUAUUAGAAGGUCAAGUUCAUUCAACACUGGAAGGAUAGAGCAUCUGUACACAAACAAAGCUGCCCAUAGUGGUGGAUCCAUGCAUCUUCAUUAUGGUGAUUUAACAGACAGUACAUGUUUAGUGAAAAUUAUAAGUCAAGUGCGACCAACGGAGAUUUAUAACCUUGGAGCUCAGAGUCAUGUCAAGGUAUCGUUCGAGCUUGCGGAAUACACAGCUAACGUAGAUGCCCUCGGUACUCUACGUCUACUUGACGCCAUCAGAACAUGUGGUAUGUCGGACCAGGUGAAGUUCUACCAGGCGUCAACCAGUGAAAUGUUUGGAAAGGUUCAAGAAAUCCCACAGAAAGAGACAACUCCAUUCUAUCCUAGAUCUCCAUAUGGUGUGGCUAAAGUAUAUGGAUACUGGAUUGUAGUCAACUAUAGGGAGGCCUACAAUAUGUUUGCAUGUAAUGGUAUACUCUUUAACCAUGAGAGCCCAAGAAGAGGAGAGACUUUUGUAACAAGAAAGAUAACUAGGGCUGUAGCUAAGAUAACUCUAGGUCAACAAAAGGUGCUAGAGUUAGGGAACUUAGAUUCUAUGAGAGAUUGGGGCCAUGCUAAAGAUUAUGUUGAAGCUAUGUGGUUAAUGUUACAACUAGAUAAGCCAGAAGAUUUUGUUAUAUCAAUGAAUGAGAGCCACAGUGUUAGGGAAUUCGUUUUAGCAGCUUUUAAAAAAGUUGAUAUAGAUAUUGUGUGGGAAGGAACAGGUGUUGAUGAAGUAGGAAAGAAUAAAGCAACUGGUGAUGUACUGGUUAGAAUAAAUCCAAAGUUUUACAGACCUACAGAAGUGGAAUUUUUACAAGGUGACUGUACCAAAGCUAAGGAAAUGUUGAAAUGGAAACCUAACUAUACAUUUGAUCAACUAGUUGGAGAAAUGAUGGAAUCAGAUCUGGACCUUAUGAAAAACAAUCCAACUGCUUAGAUAAAAUACCUGUGAUCUUCAUUCAGUCAUUGUCAGGGCGUUAUUGUCAUGGCAACACUUCCUGUUUAAAAUAAAUUGUCGUGUCAACAUUGCCUGCUUAAUAUUGUCAUGACAAAACGUUGUUUUAACAAUCAGGGCAAUAAUGUCAUGGCAACAUUUGAUUAGGGAACAUUUAUCAUGGCAACUUUGUCAGGGCAUUGAUAUCAUGGCAGAGUUGUCAGGGCCGUGCCACCAUGGCAACAUUGUCAGACAGUAUUGUCAGUGCAAUAUUGUCAAAUAUUUGUCAGGACAAUACUGCUAUGACAUCAGUGUCGUGUCAGUGAUUGGGGCAUUUAUAAUAAGUGGGGUUUUUAAAGUCAAUUUUGAAGAAGUUGUGAUUUCAAUAAUCUUAUAAAUUAUAAUGAUAUUUCUUGUUACAUUAGAUUUUCAACUUACUCAUUUUUCUGCAGAAAAGUAGUUUUAGAGUAAGGGAAUAGGAAUAUGUUUUGGCAAUUUACAUAAAGAAAUACUCUUUUAAAAAUGCAAUAUAUCAUGAAACAAUUUAUUAUAAAAGAACAUAGGAACUUAACAUAGAAAAUAAUGUCAUAUUUGAUAACAAAAAUAAUUAUCUGAGGUGAAUACUGCAAAUAUCACAAAUCUCCAAGGGUAUUGGAAUGAUAACUACUUCAAUAUAAGUAUAUAUUUGUCUUUUCAUUCCAUGUAGUAACUAUUUUGUAUGUCAUUUACAUAUAUUUCAUGUAAGAGUGUGUAUUCAUUUUACAUGUAUAUAAAGGGGCAAGUGCGUAUGAAGCUUUUAUUUACUAAAAAAAACAGCAAACAUGUACUGUACAUAUAUAAAUAGGGAUAAUUAGAUUUUAAGGGGGAAGUUUAAUUGAGUACAUAGAUGUGAUUUUGACUUUUGGAGAAAUAGUAAACAGUGAUUUAUAUUAAUAUUUUAUGUUGGAAGAAUAUUUUGUGUCAAAUAACUUAAACAAAAACAUGAAACAUAAUUCUUAAACUAGAAUGACACUGUCCAAUAUUGCCACUUUAUAAGUGUGAAGGUUACUGUCUGUUUCUAAUAGUAAUAAAAAAUAUUGCCUAUUUAUGUUACUUAGUGUUAAUGUUUCUUUUAUUUCUAAAAUAGUAAUAAAAAAGUGGGAGAAAAUUGUAAAAUGUUGUAAUUCUGUUGAUUUCUUUUAAAAAGUAGCUUGAAUAUGUAAAUUUUAUCAUUACCAAAGAGUCGAGCUCAAUGAAUUAAUAUGUAGGAAGUUUCAGAAAUAUAUAAAAAAAAAUUCACAAUCCAAGUGGCAAAAUUGCAUGUUUUCUGCAAAAUAUGAUUAAUUUUAAAGAUGUAAGAGAUAUAUCUGUGAAAUUUGACUAGCCUUAGUCAUAAAACAUGUAAACCAUGUCAAAAGAUCUUUUUAAUGUUCAUGAAAAUGAUAUGACCCUG